GAGACGCUCCGAACCACAAAGAAAGUGGGCCCCUGAGGACCACAACCAGACAUCAUCAGAAAAAUCCAUUCUUGGAUUCUUCACAGAAUAUUCAAACUGACCUGCAUCUCUGGUUCGUAGAAAGGAAAGACUUAAAAGGAGCAGAAAUCUUGUGCUGGACGGUGAAAAUGAYCCUCGGGCUCGUCCUGCUCGUGUCUUACGGCAGCUUGAACGGAGCUGCAGCAGAAAGCACAGAACUGGAGAGGACUGAGGGCUGCCACACGAGAUGUUCUCAGGGACUGCACUGCAAAACCAAACCACACUAUUGGUUUCCUCCUGCCUGCCAGAACCCGACCGAAGGUCUCAACUCCUCCGUCUUCCACAACGUCAGCGUCUCCACCGUCAUGAGGUGCGAGGGGAAGCAGAAGUGCUCGCUGCAGCUGAGGGUCCAAACUGUUGUUCAGCUUUCUGAGUCGAUCCACGGCGUGACCGUUUGCACCACCAGCGCAGGAAUGAUGGCAAACUGCCAAAGCAUCGGCUUCACAAAAACAUCGAGAAAAAAACUGUCCGGAUUUCUGGUAACAGUUGAGAACGAUUGCACUGAAGUGUCUACAAAUCAGCAGCUGCAGGUGACAGUAAAAACGGUGCCAAAUUACUGCAACCUUUCUUGGACGAGCACCUAUUACACUCCUGACUGCACAAAUGAAGCUUUGAGGAAAAACGUCCCAGAAUGCAUCACCGGACGCCUGGCRUACGACGUGAACCCCGACAGGAAGGAGCUGAAGGUCGACGUGUCCGACAUGCUCGAGGACCGAGACUAUCAUCUCCGCCUCUGCCUCAAGGAUUUCAUCUGCCUGGGCACAGGAGCUCAUACUCUGAUAAAAAAGGAGCAAUCCCUCAAGAGCGCCGUUCUUCCGUACGCCCGGCCUUUGCCCUGCCUUUGCAUCGAGGGUUGGUCAGCAGUGACGGACGCCCCCAGAGUCCAGGUCUGCCCGUUCAAAGACCGUCAGGAGGAACUGUGGUUUGGAAUUACCUUUGACCCACUGGAGGAGACGCUGGUGUGGGAGCCUGAAUGUCACGUCACAGCUGUGGUCGGGCUGUGCCAGAAAAAGGAGGACGGGAGCUGCGUGGAUCUGCCUCACUCAUCGCAGAAUGUCGGCAGAAAAAAGGUGACUUUUGCAGCGGUUGAUCCCCACCCUCAGAUGUGCGUGAAGUUUUCUGUAGAAUCCCAGUUCUGGAUCCGGUGUCCCUUUGUGGACCGGCUCAAAGCCUGGAACGUGGUCGCGACGAACCAACGAGGACACAAGGAGCUGCAGUUGGUGUCUCAGAUCACGACAAGGUUUUCCCUGGGGCUGUGUGCCGACUCGGAGUGCGAGACCACCAAAACACACACGGUGCACGCGGAGAAGCAGAAAGCCGUUGAUCUGAACCUGACAGGGGUACAAUGUGGUUCAUGUCUACAGGUGAAGAGGCUCGACGUGAAGUACGCUCCCACGGUGGUUCAAUGCUUCGAGCCAUGCGCCUCCAAAUCCACUGCCGCCUCCUUGAACUUGACAUGGCUCAUUCUACCAACUGCUGUUUGCCUCUCUGGCAUCAUCAUCAUCGCUUUGGCCUUCCACGUAAUGUUGACAGUGCGCCAGAGGAGGAAACAGAAAAGAAGAGGCGUCUGUGCAUCAGGAAAACAAACGGAUCCCGCUCUCGACUCGGUGGUCUCAACACUGCAAACUCAGCAGACACUUACCGGGAGGGUUCUGGUUCUGGAUUCACCUCAGUGUGGAAACAACGAGAAGGCCAACCUGAUCUCCUAACUGACCCUCGUCCAAAAUGGUGCUCUAUAGUCCAGAAACACUCCUUCCAUCGUGCAGUAUACUGUAUAUAAAAAUGUUACAAAAACACACAA